UUUAGAUAUGGCGGCUGCUUGAGUAAACAAACAGAUUUUACUACAGAUUUUAAACUAUGAGUUUUAUUGUUUUGUUUUUUUUUACAUUCCAGUUAUAAUUAUUGUCAUGGCAUCACAGCUUUGUCCUGUUGGUCUGAUAUGCUUAUGUAUUUCUUUGAUGGCUUUCGUAGAAGUAAUUUGGGGACAAUCGGUUUUUCAGCCUUCUUUCAUUGUUACAUCUGGACGCAGUGCUACAUCCUUCUUAGUUGGAAACGUAGCGGGUGUUACUCCUGUAUUGAACAUCGAAGUGCCAUCAAACAGCACAGGAAUGUUACCACUUCCUUCUUGUACAGGACGUUCAGGCCAGUGGCAGCUACUAACUGGAGAAAGAGCCGGAAAUAGCUCUUUGAAAAUCACUGUUCAAUUGAACCAAAGUCUGCAGCUGUGUGGGAGUAACCCAAAUGAAACCAAUUGUUGUCCAGAAUCAUUAUGUGUGGUUCAAAGCCUCCGAGUGACUGCAUGUCGUAACAACAGUGUUGAAGCCACCUUGCUGGUGCAAGCAGAGAUCUAUGCUGAAACCUCUACCACUGGAAAUGUAUCCGAAAACAAAACUGUGAUCCCCAAUCAAGUCUACCAGCCACUUGGUUCUUGCCCUUGUAACUUGCAGGCUGGUGUUUGUGAUGUCCGCUGCUGCUGUGACCAGGAGUGUACACCCAGCCUGAUCCAGCUGUUUGGCUCCUAUUGUUACUCUGGUGUUUUUGGUGGGAAUGUUGCUCCUCUUUUUGAUCAGCUGUGCUCGGUGCAGACAGUUAACAAUGCGCCUGAUUGGUUCCCGUUCCUGUGUGUGCAGUCUUCUGUUGACAACUCGCCCUUCCUGGGGCUGUUCUACCAAGGUGCUACAAUCAAUCCUAUUGAAAGCCCUUCGUUUCAGACACCUUCCUUAGUUGAGCCCAUUGUGCCUAAUGGUUACACACAAGGGAGCCCGAUUUUAACAGAAAAUAAUCAGUAUUUUACUAUUCCACAGCAGUCCAUGAUUGGACAGUGUGUAAGAGAUGCUCCUGUGGCUUUUCUCCAGAAUUUUAAAUCCAGCUGUGUGGCACCUCUUACUGCUUGUAACAUUUCUCCGUCUGCUUGUCUCAAUCCUUUGGAACUAAGUCUCAUGAUUAUAAACGGACAAGGAGGUUUCAUUAACAUCACAGUGAUUGAACAGCUCACUACUGAUCUGAGUGAUUUUGUUUCUGAUCCAAAUAAUGCAGAAACUCUUAGUCCAACACAGGAGUCUUUGUUCCCAGCAGCUUCAAACUCAGGAGACUUCAGCGCUUCAGAACAAAAUGGGUUAUGUGAAAAUAAAUCUUUAUCCCUGAACUACACUUUCUUUUGGAAAGGAAACUCCCUCACCAAUAUAACUGUCAUUCAUCUUAUUGCAAAAGUCUGUUUGGAUGCAAAUGCAAAGCUGCCAUUGAUGUUGACACAGAGAUUUAGUGCUGUGUUUGUAAAUGGAGAUGCAACAGCACAGUCCAACUCAGGAAAUCCAGGUUAUCAGAUUGGAAAGCCUGUUAUUGUUGGAACUAUGAGUGGCAGUGUGAUAACCAGGACAACCCUAAACGUUUGGCAACCAGUCGGGAAUGGGCUGUGUGCCACUGCGAAAACAACUCCUGUUUUAUUUGGAGAGGACUUUACAUCAGGAUGCAUUUUAAGACUCAGUUUGAAGGGACUCUCUAACUGCAGUCAGACCAGGGAGACUGUACAGAAAGGCCUGUCUUCACUGAUUAGUGCAACUAUUGUUGCAAAGACAGGCAACCCGGUAUCCACUGAUUUGAAUGAAUGGGUGUCUAUUUCAAUGGCACUGAAUAUAUCAAGCACAGCUGCAGAUAAUUUACCAGGCAUCUGCACUGGCAUACCUGCUAACAUGAACAUCCAGAUCAUCACUGCUGAUGUAGGUGUGGUGCAAGGGGUCCCACAGACAGGAAUCCGUGCUGUAGAGGUUGGUUUUACUUCAGUUACCUGGAAGAUUCAGUGUGGGGGUGCCAAUGCUGCAGCCUGUGUAAACGACUCUAUUGUUCAGUCUUUUCCUGUCAGCACAUCAGUGACAUUUAUCAAAAUACCAGCACAGCCCCUUCCUUCUAAAAGCAGGUUUCAGUUAAAUUAUACAGAAUACGAUUGCGACCGGAAUGAUGUGUGCUGGCCCCAGCUUGCUUACCCACUGACCAGGUAUUAUACAGGCGAGUCCUACUCCCAGUCCAUAGCCAAAGGAAUGAUUCUGGUGUUGUUCUUCAUAGUAGCAUCAGUUUUGGGUAGCCCUUGGAACCAAAUUCGACAAGCCUGGAAUAACACUACCUUUUAAACCCAGCAAAUGUGUGUCUUUAAUCACGUUAUUCAAAUGUCUUUCAUAAUAGUAGAUUUGAUUUGCUGAAAUAAUUCAUUUUGUAAAUGUUAGGUUUUGGUAUUCUUUUUUUUUUUUUUUAAAUCAUGCUGUAAAUA